AUGUUUAAUAUUGAAGAUGUUUCUAGUAUUGUCCUUCAACAGAAUAGUAAUACUUCAUCUAAUGAUAAUAAUAAUUCAUCCUCUCGUUCCAAUAUUCUCAAUCAGCAUCAUCAGAAAGAAGAAGAAGAAGAACAAGUGGUGGACAUGACAACAUUUGGACCAAAGGAGCACUUACUCAAUUCAUUGAAAAAGUUUGAAGAAAAUAAUUUUCCUUACAAGGUUUUACAACAACGAGCUGUUAAAAUUAAUUCAAGAAAGGCAUAUGAAUGUAAAUUGGAAUUGGAAAUGAAAAAGUCUAUUCUCAGUAAGCAUUUCAAACAAUUUGAAAAGAGUGAAAGUGGUGAUUCUGUUAAGGUUUUACUUUAUUUGGUAGCUUUGAAAUCUGAUGAAACAAACAAAUUCUUCACUCUUCAACACAUGACUCCUAAUCUUGAUUUGGAAAACUUUGAAAAUGAAAUUGAAAAUAACAUUUCACACAUGGUGAGAAGUAUUAAACUUGUGCAGACACAACAAGUUGGUGGAUUCACUUUGGAAAGGAAAGAUUUGGGAAUCUCCAUGAAGUUAUUGGAUGAAGCUUGGCAAUGUUGGAAAGUUUCUGAAUUAGAACAUGAUUUUACAGCUCCAACUAGGAAGAGUAAGGCAACAGAUAGCUCAACCAAACUCAAAAUGGAAUCCUUAAUUGAACUUCCAAACCAUUUGAGGAAUGAGAAUGUAUUGCUCUAUCUAGUUUCACAACACUCAAAAGAUCAGAUUGGAAAGGAGUUUGCUCUCAUUGAAUGUACCACAGCAGAACAACAAGAAACAUUUGAACAAAUUCUAGAACAUAGAAAGGUUUCCUUGAAGAAAUUCGAUAACUUUAUUGAAAUUUCAGAAAGAAUCAACUUUGGCGAUGAAUUGGCAUCGGAAGGAAUUUUAUUUGCCUAUAUUACUGAAUUCGAGUCAUCACCAGUUCACUCCUCCAAGCUUCUCCCAACUGAUCUUACUCAGUCAUUCGAAAGAUACAAUGCCAUAGAGUGCUACUUUACCAGAGACUCCAAGAUUUACAAAAUAUUUUCCAGAUCUCACUUUUCACAAUCACUUUCUUCCUUCAGAGAAAGUAUCAUUUCACAAUUCAAAUGCCUCACAUUCAAGCAACCUGAAACAACUACAGAUUUAUUGGAUAAUACAUUCAUGACAUUUAAGAGUGAAGAGCACAAGUUUGAGAUUCAAGUCCCACUUUUGUAUCAAGUUUCUGCUAAGGAAUCUCUCGGAAAUACUCCAGUUUGCCAAUUCUUCUCCAGAUACUCCAUGCUCAAUGUCCUUCACAUGUUUGAAACUCAAAUCUACUUUGAAUUAAUUGGACACAUUUCCAAGAAUGAACACAUACUCACAGAUGCCACUCAAAGAUUGGAAACUCUAAAACAAUCUCUCCACUCUCAAAUGGUUAGAAAUCUUGGAAAGCCAAUUCCUUUACGAUCAGAGAGCACCUUAGUUUUUAAUGAUAUUGAGGCAAGGCAUGUUGUCUUUUCCACACCAAUUGGUUCUCCAAUUCAUCAAAAGAAUUUAAUUCAUGCGCAUACCAACUUUUUGUGGGUUUGCCCUUCACCUCAAGCAAUACUCAGUCAGUCUAAAUCACCUCAAUCUGAUACUGUAUAUGUUGUAACUAUCAAGUCGAAUGUAAUGGAGUCAUUCUUUACGGAAUCUAUUGAAAAACUGCUUCAACAGAUUCAUUCUACUUUCAAACUUGUCAAAGAAUAG